AUGGAUGCUGCAAUCGAAAAGAGAAAGACUUCGGUCGACGAUUCAAUAGCAACAAAACAAAAUGAGGUCGAGAAGCAAGCACAGCUGGGUGACCUAUGGCGCGCCUUUCAAUUCGCCGACCGUCUCGACUGGGUGUUGAACGUCAUAUCCCUCAUUUGUUCCAUCGCGAGCGGAGCAGCUAUGCCCGUCAUGGCUAUUCUAUUCGGAAAGGCCACCGGUCGUCUGGCAGACUUCGGUGGAGGCUCUGCCGACCCUGACGAGUUCAAAUCCGAGGUCAACUCGUUUGUGCUCUGGUUCAUCUACCUCUUUGUAGGCAAAUUCGUCCUCGCCUACGUCGCCACGACAGCCAUCACCAUAUCCGGCGUCCGAACAACACGAGUACUUCGAGAGAGAUUCCUCCAAAAGCUGCUGCGGACAGAGAUAUGGUACUUUGAUACCGCCAAGGUUGGAUCCCCUGCAACCCAGAUGACUACCAACGUGACACGCAUCAAUCAAGGGAUAGCCGAGAAGUUAUCACUUCUAGUCCAGGGACUCGCCAUGUUUGCCUCGGCCUUUGUGGUAGCCAUAGCAGUCCAGUGGAAGCUGGCUCUCAUCACCCUCACCGUUGUGCCCCUUUUCUUCCUCAUCAUGGGCGUCUUUAUGUCGCUCGAUGCUCCCAUAGAAGCAAAGGUCACGGGUACUUACUCGAAAGCCAACGUCUUUGCACAGGAAGUCAUGGCUUCUAUUCGAACUGUCCACGCGUUCUGGGCACAGGGCAGAAUGAGCGAGCGAUACGACAACUAUCUCAAGGAAGCUCAUACCCAUGGGAAGAAGAAGUCACUAAUCUAUGGUAUCAUGAGCUCAUCGACGUACUUUUGUAUGUACUCUGGAAAUGCUUUGGCUUUCUGGCAAGGCUUUCGUAUGUAUCGAAGUGGAGAGAUUGACUCCGUUGGUACUGUCUUUACUGUCGUCCUAUCUGUUCUUCUUGCCUCGUCCUCCAUUGGUCUUCUAUACCCUCAAAUCCCAGCUCUGGUCAACGGUGCAGCAGCUGCAUCCGAGCUCUUUCAAAUCUUUGAUAAGCCUUCCUUACUCGAUCCUCUUUCGAACGAAGGACAAGUUCCUGAGGCGUGCAACGGACAUAUUCAGGUUGAGAACAUCUCGUUUUCCUACCCUUCACGACCGGACACACAGGUGCUGAAAGAUAUCAGCUUGGACAUCCCAGCCGGCAAGACUACGGCUUUCGUAGGUGCGAGUGGUUCAGGUAAGAGUACAAUUAUCGGACUCUUGGAGAGAUGGUAUUUGCCAUCCAGCGGCUGCUUACUACUCGAUGGCGUGGAUAUAUCGACACUCAACGUGAAGUGGUUUCGAUCUCAGAUGGCUCUUGUUCAACAGGAACCAGUGCUCUUCCGAGGUACCGUAUUUGAGAACGUUUCAAAGGGCUUUACCGACAGCCAGAAAGCUCUUCCUGUGCAGGAGCAGAGGGCGCUCGUCCAGGAAGCGUGCGAGGCUAGCUACGCUCAUGACUUUAUUCAGAAUCUUGAGCAUGGCUAUGACACCUAUCUUGGCGAGCGGGGUGGCACUCUAAGCGGCGGUCAAAAGCAAAGAAUCGCUAUUGCUCGUAGCGUUGUCUCCAACCCCAAGAUCCUCCUCCUCGACGAAGCUACCAGUGCUCUUGACCCCAACGCGGAACGCAUUGUGCAGAAAGCGUUGUCACGCGUUUCCCAACAGCGAACGACACUUGUUAUUGCCCAUAGACUUUCGACUAUCAAGGAUGCUGACAAUAUCGUGGUAAUAUCUUCUGGGCAAUUUGUUGAGCAGGGCACUCAUGAGGACCUCCUUGCGCUUGACUCCCAUUACGCUCGGCUUAUCCGUGCACAGAACCUUGCUGUGGCCGGACACGAGACCAAGGCUGGCAUAAGUGCUGAAGAGAGCCCCGAUGCAUUUGAUACAGACGAUGAGGUGCGUCGCGUUAUGACAGCGCAGACUCACAAGUCCCGGGACGUCGAAGGCCAGGAUUCGACGCCCAAGGACCGAUCUAUCCUAUCAAGCAUAUUCCUCGUUAUCAAGGAACAGAAGGCUCUUCGUCCUUACAUUAUCACGUCUGCUCUUUGCUGCACUAUUGCUGCGGCGACAUGGCCCGGUCAAGCUGUUCUAUUUUCGCGAGUCAUUACAGCCUUCUCAGCCGACACCUCGGCUUCGGAUGUCAACUUCUACGCUCUUAUGUUCUUUGUCAUCGCGCUUGGAAACCUUGUUUGCUAUGGUAUCAUUGGCUAUAUUGCCAACCAUGUCGCACAAGCCAUCUCAUACCAGUACCGCUUGGAACUGUUCACUCGUAUGGUUGGACUGGACAUUGAAUUCUUUGACCGUCCAGAGAACUCCUCAGGUGCCUUGGCGUCCACGUUGUCAUCAAUUCCUACACACCUCCAGGACCUUUUAGGUCUCAAUAUUUUUGUGAUCGUGGUGAUAAUCGUUAACAUCACUGCCAGUUCGAUUCUGGCAAUUGCGUAUGGAUGGAAGCUCGCCCUUGUCAUGGUUUUCGCUGCGUUACCUCUGCUUAUGGGAUCUGGAUACUUCAAAGUCCGCCUUGAGUCUAGACUACAUGUCAGUAACGAGGAGCGAUUCAAAGAAAGCGCCAGUCUCGCUAGCGAAGCUGUUUCUUCUUUGCGAACUGUCGCAUCCUUGAACGCUGAGACAGACUUCAUCAAUCAGUAUUCCGAUACCCUUUCUAGCAUUGUUAUUAAGACUAUCAAGUCACUGUCUGUUUCCAUGAUUGCGUACGCAUUCUCACAAUCGAUUGAGUUUCUUGUCAUGGCUCUUGGUUUCUGGUAUGGUUCAAGGCUCAUGGCGUCUGGCGAGUAUACUUCCGAGCAGUUCUUCCUUAUCUUCAUGGGUGUCUUGUUCGCGGGGCAGGCUGCCAGCCAACUGUUUGCCAACUUGACUAGUCUCACCAUGGCCAAGGGCGCCGCCAAUUACUUAUUCAACUUGCGAGAGGAGAAGACCGUCAUUCGUGAGACCAAUGACAACAAGGACAAGUGCCCUGAUUUCGAUCAACCUAUGGGCGUGACCGAUGUGCACUUUCAGUACAAGAGCAGAAGCACAAAGGUUCUCCAAGGUCUGUCAAUGGAUAUCAGCCCUUCUCAGUUCGUCGCCGUCGUCGGCCCCAGUGGCUGCGGCAAGUCAACUCUGAUCUCACUGUUGGAGCGAUACUACGACCCGACUACUGGUAAGAUUUGUGUGGGUGAGCAAGACAUCAAGGACAUGUCUCCUCGACAGUUCCGCUCCCAGAUGUCCAUAGUCCAGCAAGAGCCUAUUCUCUACGAAGGGUCUGUGCGUGAAAAUAUCUUGAUGGGCCUGGAAGGUGAUGCCACAGACAAAACCGACGAAAGACUCAACGAAGCUGCUCGACAAGCCAAUAUCCUUGAAUUUGCAUCGUCCCUGCCCGAAGGAUUCGACACUCCCUGUGGUCCUCGCGGCACAGCCUUUUCCGGUGGCCAGCGUCAACGUAUCGCCAUUGCACGAGCCCUUAUCCGCAAGCCGAAACUACUUCUUCUCGACGAGGCUACUUCAGCACUGGACACCCAUUCUGAGAAGCUGGUUCAAGAAGCUCUGGAGCAAACGAGGAAGGAGAGUGGCUGCAGCGUGAUAGCUGUGGCUCACAGACUGUCAACUAUUCGAGAUGCAGACAUCAUAUUUGUCCUUGUUGGUGGAAAGGUGGCUGAGGUUGGAACGCAUGAGGAUCUCCAGGCCAGGAGGGGUGUUUAUGCGGACAUGUGCCAGGCCCAGUCUUUAGAUAGAGAGACUGGCGAUUCAUAG